AUGACGAGCAACAACAGCCUGACUCCCUCCUAUUUUCAGUUCACGGUGUUUGCAGACUACGGGCCACUCAGAUAUCUUUUCUUCAGUCUCUCUCUGUUGAUCUACAUGACUGUAAUCUCUGUUAAUGUUGUCAUUGUUCUGUCAGUCUGCCUGGAGAACUCUCUGCAUCAGCCCAUGUAUAUUUUCAUCUGCUCUCUGUGUUUAAACUCUCUGUACGGCUCGACCGGCUUCUUCCCCAGGUUCCUGAUGGACCUUCUGUCUGACACUCAUUUCAUCUCACAUCCACUCUGUUUCAUUGAGAUGUACAUUACCACCACUUAUCUAGAACAAGAGUUGUCUCUCCUCACUGUCAUGGCCUAUGACAGGUUUGUUGCUAUUUGCCAGCCUUUACACUAUCACAGUAAAAUGACAUUUAGGACAGUGCUGCUUCUUUUGAUUCUUGCUGUGCUGUAUCCUGUGUGUGCUUUUGGCUACUUUUUCUAUCAGGCCAUCAUUUUGCCUUUGUGUGGAGAACAACUGCCCAGGAUUAUCUGCACCAUCUGGGUUAUAAUUAAGCUCUCAUGUGUGGACACGACUGUAAAGAACAUAGGAAGUCAGAUUUUUGCUAUUAUAUCAGUCUUUAUUCCCAUGUUAUUUGUCCUGUACACCUACUUGCACAUUCUACUUGUCUGCAGGAGAAGUUCAUCUGAAUUCAGAGGAAAGGCCUUACAGACCUGCCUGCCCCACAUAGUGUCUUUUGGGAACUUUUGCAUUUCUCUGUUCAGUGAUUUUUCACUGAGUUGGUAUAGUGCUGAUGAAGUAAAUACUUUAGCUAUUGUUUUAUCUCUGGAGUUUCUGAUCAUUCCUCCCAUCAUGAACCCUCUAGUUUAUGGUCUGAAUCUACCUCGGGUCAGAGGAGUGAUUUUUGGGUUUUUAAGGGCAGAAAAAAUGGUUUGUUAA